AUGAGCACCAAGGCACUGGUGGACGCAUCGAAAGAACCGAGACGGGUCGAAGCCAACCAGAUAGCACAUUUUGCCACGUCCGUUCGGUCUCAACUACCCGACGCACUCGACAGCCUACCACGAGAACCGAUCCUUCGCCCUCGACAUCGAGCAUCCCAACCCGAGCCUCCCCAUCCUAGGCGACAAGACCGAGCUUCCAGUUCCGCCUCGCCACGUACCAGUCCCUCACCCUCACCCUCGCCUCAAGUUCCCGUCCCCGUCCUCGUCCCCGUCCUCGUCCAGGUCCUCGUCCUCGUCUCCGCCCCCGUCCCUCGCUGCCUGGCCCUCGCAAAGCCGGUUCGAGGUGCUUCUCCCCGUCGCCACGCCCCGCCCAUUCGCUACCGAGGCGAUCGCAAGCCAGCCUUAGUCUUCAUGGAUAACAAUCUAUGGACUCGUCGUACAAACUCCGGCAAGCUUUCCCUCUCGACCUCAUCGAAUGGGCCAAACGGCUCCUCGGCGCCUGAUCCGACCUCCCGAAGCGCCUCCUUCUCGCGGCGUCAUGGCGGCGGCGACGCCUCGUCCUCGACCCUCGCCAAGGCGAGUCCCUUCAACACCCCUGGAGGGAGCGUCGCCUCUCCCACAGGUGGUGCCUCGUCUGCCUUUGGCUUAGGAUCCGGCGCCUUCGCCUCCUUCGGAUCUGCCAAAACGCCCAAGUCGGGCGGAAACCCGUUCGACAGCGCCAUGGGCUCGGCCGCUCCGAAGUUUGCGCCGGCCAAGGACGGCGUGAAGACGGUCUCGAGGACGCCCAGCAUGGCGCCCAUCUCCGAGGGCAAGGUCUCGACCUCGACCUCGACCCAGCUGUCCGAGGUGCACCCGCUGAAAGAUGCGUGGUCCUUCUGGUUCCGUCCGCCCAUCUCCAAGGCGCACGGCUUCAUCGAGUACGAGAACACGCUGCACGGCAUGGCCACCGUCAAGACGGCCGAGGAGUUUUGGGAGAUUUACACACACCUGAAGCGGCCUUCGAGCUUGCCCGUCGUGUCCGACUACCAUCUCUUCAAGAAGGACAUUCGGCCGAUAUGGGAGGACGAGGUGAAUCGAAAGGGAGGCAAAUGGGUUGUGCGGCUGAAGAAGGGCGUCGCCGACCGCUACUGGGAGGACCUGCUCCUCGCCCUCAUCGGCGACCAAUUCGGCGACGCCAACGAGGACGUUUGCGGUGCCGUUCUCAGCAUGCGCAACGGCGAGGACAUUCUCAGCAUCUGGACACGAACCGAUGGCGGCCGCGUGCUCAAGAUUCGCGAAAUCAUGAAGCACGUGCUCAACUUCCCAGCCAACACCCGGGUUGAGUUCAAGAGCCACGAUUCCAGCAUCCAGCAGCGCACCGCCAUCGACGAGCAGCGACGCGAAAAGGCAGGCCAAAGCCAGGGCGAGAAGCGCCAGACGUCGAGCGCUUCCAAACAGACAGAGUAG